AUGAUAGUAUCAAUGUAUUUUGAUGAUAUUAAUGAUUUUAUUAAUUUAGAAAUAGGAAUUAAAAGAUUUCAAGGAAAUAUGGAACGAUUUCAUUUUAAUCCAAUUUCUUUAAAUAAAUAUUCAAGAAAACUCUUUCAUAAUAUUGAAACAUUUCAUAUUUGUGAUGAAGACGAUGAAAUAUUUAAUGAUGGAAGAAUAUUAAAAAAUAGUUGUUUUAAAGGAUGUGAAACAUUGACAAUAGUUACUAUACCAUCAAUGGUAACUGAAAUAGGAAAUGAAUGUUUUAAUGGAUACAAAAUAUUUAUAAAUGAACAAAACAUAACAUCUUUUGAGAUUUGUAAUUUAAAAAGGAUAAAUGGAAAAGAAAUAGAAAGAAGAGACAUUAACAAAUUUGUUAUACCAACAAAACAGUUACUAAAAUAUCUGGAUGCUUUAGGUGUUGUGGUGAACUCAAAUCAGUAA